AUGGGCAGAGUUGCAAGGCUGCAGGAAGGAAUGACCAGAGAUCACUUAUGGAUUUUGUGCAGGGUGAAAAUCAAUGAACUGAACAUCUUGGACAUACAAACUUCCUCAUCUUCUGAUGGCAAUGCCCUUAACUUGCAGCUGCCUGUCAGAGCAAAUAUCUCUGUGUUUCUGCCUCUUCUUGGCUCCACAGUGGACGUCGCUGUUUCCUUGGACGUCAUAAAUUCACUCACUGUUCAAACUGAUGCCCAAACUGGCCUUCCCAAGCUGAGCAUAGGGCAAUGCUCAAGUGAUACCGACAAUAUCUCCAUUUCCUUGUUGGGCAGACGAAGCACCUUACUCAACAGAUUGUUGGAUGGAGUAUCUGGUAGCCUUACAAACGUAGUGAGCAACCUGCUGCAAAACCAAUUAUGUCCACUGCUCCAAGCAUUACUCAGCAACCUGAAUUUAAAUCUUGCUCAAGACCUCCUCUAUGAGGAAGCUGAGUCUCCGGUAGAUACGAACAAGGAUGCAGGAGAUGAAAGUCUGUGA